AUGGCUGAUGAAUUGAAUGUAACAUAUAUAAAUCUUUAUGGGUAUGAUGAAAUGGGCAAUUACAGGUAUUUAAUUUUUCUGAAUAUGUUAAUAGUAUAUAUUCUAUCAGUAAGCUUUAACAUCAUCAUUGUGUACCUUAUUUGGAUACACAAGAACCUCCAUGAGCCCAUGUACAUUUUCAUAGCAGCCCUGCUUCUGAACUCUGUUAUUACCAGCACUACUGUGUACCCAAAGCUGUUAAUUGAUAUUUUAUCUGAAAAACAGGUCAUAACAUAUUCAGCCUGUCUCUUACAAUGUUUUCUAUAUUACUCAGUCAGUGCUUCAGAUUUCUUGCUGUUGGCAGCAAUGGCCUAUGACAGGUAUGUGUCUAUAUGUAAACCUCUGCAAUAUACAACUAUCAUGACGAAAACCGUAGUGAGCAUUAUCCUGAGUCUGGCCUGGUUUCUGCCUGCUUGUCAGAUCGCAGUCUCAACAGUACUGAGUGCAAAUAUGAAACUCUGUCAUUUCACUUUAAAAGCAAUAUUUUGUAAUAAUUCAUACUACAAUCUCUUCUGUGUGACAUCAGUAGUACGAGAUAUAAAUGAUAUGGUUACUCUGUUUAAUGUGGCAGUUUUACCUAUAUUCUUCAUACUUUUUACAUACACCAGAAUACUUAUAAUAUCCUAUCGAAGUAGUAGAAAUGUCCGAAAAAAAGCUGCACAGACCUGUUCACCCCACCUGAUAAUUCUCAUCAGCUUUUCCUCUUUGUGUCUCUAUGAUGUCCUAAUUAUUCGACUGGAUAAGGGAUCUAAUUUACAUUUUAUUAUGACUUUACAAGCAUUUUUGUAUUAUCCUCUCUUCAAUCCGGUUGUCUAUGGACUUAAGGUGAAAGAAAUAUAUAAACACCUGAAGAAGUUGUUGUGUCCAGCCAAAAUGAUUUGA